CUCAAUUCUUUGUUUUCUUCUCAAACUUGCUUUGCAAAUUGUAUUCAUUUGAGUAUUCAUCACAGUAAGCAAAGAGAUAUCCGAUUCAAAGCAUAGAAAUGGUGGGUUGUGGGGUGUACCUUAAGAAUGAAACAGAUUGGCUUAGUACCCUUCUGGAAAGUGAGUUCUUUGGUCCUUGUUUUGAUCAUCAAGACCUAAGAAAAAAUGAAAAAAAUGUCUUCUGCAUUAACUGUUGUCUCGAGUUUUGCCGGCAUUGUAAGUCUCAUAGCCAGCACCGAUCACUUCAGAUUUGCAAAUAUGUAUAUCAAGACGUUGUUCGUCUUCAAGAAAUGCAGAAGCAUCUCGACUGUUCCAAAAUUCAGACAUACAAAAUCAAUGGUGAAAAGGCUGUACAUUUGAAUCCAAGGCCUCAAGCUAAAGAUGCCAAGCCAUCAACGAAAUCGAAAACCGGUGCUGCCUGCGAAGCUUGUAGAAGAUACCUUCAAGACCCACCUAACCGUUUUUGUUCCAUUGCAUGCAAGGUAUCAGCCGUUGAUGUGAAGCCUAGAGGCCAAAGCCAUAAAAUGGAUUUACAAAUACAAGAAUUUCGCGAUGUUUCAUGGAAAGACAAUCAGAAUUUGGAAGCAAGUUCGGAGGAAAAGCAGUCGUCGCUCACAUCGACUGAUCUUUCAGAAGAGGAGACUAAAACAUGGGUGCUCAAAAGUUUAAGGCCUCGUAAACAAUUGAGCAAAAGGAAAGGCGCUCCUCAGAGGGCUCCCCUCAGUUAAUAAUCUAAACAAAGGUACAUAAAAAGACAAUAAAAAGAAUCCAUAGCUAAAAACAGUUGAUAAAAUGAAUGCUCUACAUUGCAACGGGGUUUGAAGAAAGUGCAGGCAGUCACUCUUGAAGAUUAGUCCUCAUUUUGGAAUUUAGUUGGUGUUAGUUGAGAGGGCAGUCCCCACCAUUGUCAUGAUCUGAGAAAGUGCAUUAAUUUUCUUGAGAUUGUACAGCAUAAUAG